AACGUUUCUCCAUAAAUACGUGCUAUAUGGCACACUUUUUGCAGUCCUUGCGUCUGAUUUGGAUGGUGGACAAGUUUUGAUAUUCAUACAAUUGCAAAGUGUUUACUUACAAUGUCAAAAAUACUAAAUGAAUAUUUAAGUGACAGUAUUUGGACGAGUGAAAAAUAUUUAUUGAAAAUGAGACUAUGGUUUUACAGUUUAACAUAUUGUUUCAUGGUCGUCACUGGGUUAAUACUACUACGAAUAGACUUUACUGUUGCCGAGGAUCCUGCAGUAAGACUGUAUCAUCACAACCGCUGGCUACUUAUUACUUCAUGGUUUAAUUUAAUAUCGUUAGUGUACACGCCAAUCUGCAUCUACUGCGACUGGCGCGAGCUCCACGGCACCAGCGGCGUGAAGCACGUCACCAAUCUUAACAAAUUCAGAUUCGUAUGUUUCUCCAGCAUCCUGUUCCCAGCUACUUGUUUCUCAGAUAUCCUGUUCUGGAGGCUGUGGACGAAGAACCGCGAGCUGGUGGCGCCAUCUGCAGUGGACGUCCUGGUGCCUCUGUGGCUGCAGCACUGUCUCCACACCAUCACGCUGGUCAUCAUCCUGUUAGACCUCGUGCUGGUGCCGAAGAGAAGACCUAAAAACCUAAAAUUUGGGGUCUAUGUGUUGACAACGUUUCUAGCUGCCUACGCUGUCACAUGCGGUCGCAGUAUAGUAAACAACGAGCACAUUUACCCACUGCUGAGGCUGUUCAGUGGAUACAAUUUUAUCCCGUUAGUAAUAUUUGUGAGCGUAGAACACUUUUUCUACUUCACAAUACAGUGGCUGAUACUCGAUUUAAUAUGGGGUCGAACGACGCAAACUCAUGCUUUGAUAUCUUUACUAAGAUUUCCAAGUCGCCAAUUAGAAUUAAACGAAACUAGAAAAGAUAAAAUGGAAUUACCUAAUACUGGAAGCCAAAUUAAAAACAGCAACAAAAUAAAAACUUCCUAAACUAAACAUGUAGUUGCAUUAGCUAACAUACCUGCA